CGUCUCUCUGUUCCUCCUCCUCAACGAAGAAGACGACGCGGGAAGAGAUCCCGGAUCGGUCCGCGAAUUUACAAUCAUGCCCUCCUAGACCCGCAUUAACUACGAAGAUAACCCCCAAUUGAAUUCGCACGCUUCCCAAUUUCUCUUCUCUCCUCCUCCUUCGUCAUUCAUUCAAGCAGAAGGCCUUUAACGCCCCUCCUGACAAUAAUCUCUCCUUCCCUUUUCCGAAUUUACCCCUCUUUUUCUCUGUAUAUUAUACCCCGUAUAUUGCUCUCCUCUUUUCCUUCUCCUCCUGAAUUCUCAAAGUCGUGAAGGAGCAGUGUUUGGGGUCGGGGAUGAAAGAUUGAGAGCUAAAGAUCGGUAACUGAAGCGUCAUUGUGAAGUUGAUGGGGAGCAGAUGUGUCUUUCCGCUGACGAGUUUGCAAAUUGGAGAUUUGCAAUCUUAUCUAUCCCAUCUUAACCUUUUCCUAGCACAUGAGAGUAAUAGAUUAUACAUAUUGGUGGAUAAUCGUCCCUGGCUGAAAGAUCUCAUCUCCCGUCCUGCACACCUAUGGCAGUUGAUGGUCACUAAGUCCAGGAUGUCCCCUUUUGCGAAUACGAGAGGGAAGAAGGGGAAACGUGGCACUCAAACUAUGCAGGAAUUGCAAGCUAAUCCGGAAACAAAGACACGCAAAUCUGAAAAGAUAAAAAGAUGGUUUUCUUUGGUUGAUGCUGCAACCUUAUCCAAGAAAAGGGCACUUUUACCUGUGGAGAAAUUGAGGAAUUCUUUAAUACUGAAUAGCAAACUACACAGGACGUUAUAUGGGUUCAUUGUGUUUGAAGUUUCAUGGAAUGAUGUCAGGGGUCUAAACUAUUUGAAUGAACUCCAGACAGAUACAUGUCUUGCUAUUGAGGCCAAAUUCAUGAGAAGAUGGGAAUUUGAUAGUGCGUCACAGGCUUCUAGGUGCAUACCUUCAUGGUUCCGGGGGACUCGCACUGAGCAAAGUAUUUUGAGAGAAUACUUGGAGUCUACAACUGGUGAUUCAUUUUAUGAUGCUGAAGAAAACUUUUUAAGAACUAGUGAGGUAGAUGGAAAUGUCGAUGAUACGUUCUCCAGAGAUGAGGCUCCUGGCUGCUCCUCAGAAACAAUAGACAAUAACCCAUUUUGUACGCCGCCUCCAGCUGGACCUUAUAAGAGAAGAAGCUUUUUGAAGUCCUGCGCUAGAUCUGAUCUGUUCUCAGAAGAAUCUUUUUGCGAAAGCAUUGGAUCUCCACAUUGUUCCCAUAAUAAUGAUUCAAGUGAAAGUGAGGAUGUUGUCGAAGCUACUCGGUACAAGGAUGUUUUGAUUUUGUUUCGUUUCAAUGAUUGUCACCUCCCUUUUAAAUUGAAGGACAUUAUAAUGUUCGAUUUGCGGCUUCUUACCCUACUGGAGUCAGGUCUGCCAUCUUGGGCUAUCUUCCUCCAGUCAUACCCUGGGUUUUGCCGCCUCUAUCGCCCAUGGAUGUGUCCUCUGGCAAGAUUCUUAUAUGUGAUAAUAUCAGUAAUUACCGUUCUUAUAGGAUUUUACGAUCUUUACAAAAACGUGCCUCUACUCAAGGCAACAGCAUCACACUUAUUUGGACCCCUUUUUCAUUGGAUAGAAACUUGGGAAAUGAUUUCAAGAAUUAAAUGCUUGGGGACGAUGUUGUUCCUUCACAAUUUUCAGAAGGCUGUCAGAUGGUUUAUCAUGAUGGCGCGUACUGUUCAAUCUUUUUUUUCAAUCCUCGCAAAGCCACUCUUGGGACCGCUACUUGUGGGUUUGGACUUUAUUCUUCCUUUCUGGAACAUGUGCACCGAACUUGUUGGGGGUUGUUUGUCUAUAAUAUGGAUGACAUUGGAGACUUCUUGCAGUCUGGUGGCUGAGUUUCUUCAUAUCGUGUUUUUGCCGUUUUGGUUUCUCCUUUCUCUUUUCUGGAACAUUGCAACAUUUUUGUUAAACGACGUGUUUUGGUUUAUAUGGGAAAUACUCUAUUUCCCCAUUCGUUUGGUCCUUGGAUUGUACAGUCUUGUUGCCGGCAUCUGCUUUUUCACAUAUAGUGUGGUUCAAGACGCGUGGGUGUUUUUGAGUAGCCUUCUCCAGUUCACUUCUGAGGUGGAGUCUACAGUGACUUCAUAUGAACCUUCCAUGUGGCGUUCUCUUUGGAAUGACCUUUUCUCUCAGAUUUUUCGCGCUGUUCGGAGCAUUCUUAAUGGUUUUGUUGCGUUCUUCACAACCUGCAAUAGGCAUCGGCUAAGCAUUUAUAAUCAUACACAAGGGUUUAUCCAAAAACUAUCUCACCCCGGGAAAAGGAUUGCUAUCAAAGACUAUAGCAACCGAAGACAACAACUAUACCUUGCUCAAAGAAUGUUGGAGGACGAGGGAGUGUAUAAACGAGAAAGAAAAUCAAGAAAGAAAAAGGCAUAACGUGAUGGCCAAUCUCACAAUGUAUAGAAUCUCGGUCCCGACCCACUUUUAAAUUCUGUCAUGGUAUCGAAGCAGGCCAGCGAGUGAGCCUUCUGUGGUUAAAUGUUCUUUGUAGAAUAUGUUAGGAGUUGUAUAUAGUUGCAAAUGAUACAAUAGAAAAAUGUUUAGGAACUCAUUCAAGGAACGACGUGAGUUUACAACUCUACCCCUAUGGAGUUGCUGUUUAUAUAAGGGCACGUUGGUAAAUUCCACCCCGUUUCCUUAAGCAACGUGAGCUAAAAGCAAGAGUCGGGUAUUAAUGUUUCGAGUCUUCUCGUUGAUCACAUUAUAAAGCAUGUAAAUCAAUGUGUAUGCCAAAA